CGAGCCCGAGCUGCGCGGGGAGGCGACGGGAUGAGCAGGGCCGCCGCGCACGGUCCCGGCCCGGCGCCCCCUCCCCGGCCGCGCGCGCGCGCGCGCCCGCCCACCUGGCAGUUGGAGCCGGCUCGUGGGGGAACCGCACCGCGGCGGACGCGGCCCGGCCGGACCCGGAAGCUGAGCGCCCGGGUUCCGGGCUCCCGCGCCUGCGCAGCGCCGCGGCGGCAGAGUGGCUGCGCGCGCGACAGCGACCCCCGGUGGCUAGGGGGUGGCAGGGCAGCCUCGCGGCUCUGCUCCGAGGCUCUGCGUCCGGAGCCCCGAAACCCCGAGCUCGCUCUGCGCUCGGCUCCCUGGAGAAGCCGGCGGCGGAGUUGGAAACGGGGCUGGGGGUGCGGCGGCUCAGGGCCCGCUGGGCCGGGGGCCGCUCUCCCCGACGCAGGGUGGGGUCACCGAGGAGGGUCUAGGCCGCAGGAAGAGGCGACUUGCUCCCACCAAGCCCGCGUGGGCGAGACGCGGUGCCCGGGUGGGCCAGGAGAGCCUCGCGGUGUGGAGGCCGUGAGGGAAGACAUGCGCCCAGUGAGGCUCUCGGCAAGGGCCGCGGCGGCCCGAGCAGUCCGGGGAUCGGGAAAGCUUCCCGGAGAGAUGACUGGCCGCGUCCCUGCCGCCUCCCGAGGAGGUCUGGCCCUGCAGGCCCAGCACAGUUGCCCACGUGGAAGACUCUGGAGCCACGACCAAGCACAGCUAACGGAGAUGUCUCCUCGCUUGGCAGGGACUCGCCCUGGGUACCGUUGUACAGACCUGGGACUUAGGAAUGGAAUAAUAAGAAAUAAAACAAGUAAGGGGCGUCUGGGUGGCUCAGUCUGUUGACUCUUGAUUUCGGCUCAGGGCAUGAUCAGAGUCAUGGGAUCCAGCCCCAAGUCCGGCUACGCGCUGAGCCUGGAGCCUGCUUGGGAUUCUCCCCCGCCCCUCUCCCGUGCUCCUGUGUGUGCUCGUGCGCUCUCUCUCUCUCUCUC